AUGUGUCACACCAGCUGUUCUUCAGGGUGCCAGCCAUCCUGCUGUGUGUCCAAUCCCUGCCAGGCAUCUUGCUUUGUGUCUAGCUCCUGCCAGCCCUCCUGCUGUGUGUCCAGCCCCUGCCAGCCAUCCUGCUGUGUGUCCAGCCCCUGCCAGUCAUCCUGCUGCCGGCCUGCUAUAUGCAUUCCUGUGAGAUACCAGGUAGCCUGCUGUGUGCCUGUGAGCUUCAGGCCCACUGUGUGCAUGGCUCCCUCCUGCCAGUCCUCUGUGUGUGUUCCCGUGAGCUGCCGGCCAGUCUGUGUGACCUCCUCCUGCCAAUCCUCCGGAUGCUGCCAGCCCUCCUGCCCCACCCUCGUCUGCAGGCCUGUUGCCUGUAGCAACCCCUCCUGCUGCUGA